GGGGAAGUCGAAAUGCCCAUUGUGAUCCUUGGAGACCCUGCUUACCCUUUAAUGCCGUGGCUCAUGAAACUCUACACAGGGAGCCUUGACAGCAGCAAGGAGCAGUUCAACAACAGGCUGAGCAGGCGCAGAAUGACGGUGGAGUGAGCUUUUGGCCGUUUAAAGGGCCGCUGGCGCUCUCUGUAUGGGAAGCUGGACUUGGCCGAUGACAACAUCCCCGCGGUUAUAUCUGCGUGCUGUACCCGCCAUAUCAUUUGUGAAGGGAAGGGGGAAAGAUUCGCUCAGGCAUGGAACUCGGAGAUUCAACACCUGGAGGCUGAAUUUGCACAGCCAGAGAGCAGGGCUAUUAGAGGGGCCCAGCGGGGAACUGCAAGGAUUAGGGAUGCCUUGAGGGAGCAAUUUGAGGGUGAAAGCCACCAGUGACGUUUGGUGCCCUGCACGGGAGUGAAGUGCAGUGGUUCCAAUGUUAGUAGGAAUCUGUGUUUGCUAAGCUGAUUUGCAGUGCCUGUUGCUUUCCUGGGCUAAGGUGCCAUGGCCGCAAGAAGCCAGGUAAAAGAUCUCCAAGAGGCUGUUAUCUGUUCCAUUUGCCUGGCUUCUUUUAACGAUUCGGUGAUUCUCAUCAAGUGUGGGCACAAUUUCUGCCGAUCCUGCAUCACUCAGUACUGCAAGGAGUUCAAAACCUCCCCCCCGUAUCCCUGCCCUCAGUGCAGAGAACCCUUCCGGGAAGGGGAAUUCCAGCCUAACCGGGAGUUGAGGAAUGUCGUUGAAAUAGCCAAAAAAAUCCCAGAGCCAAGGGGGAAGAAAGCGUGUGAAAAACAUGAAGAGCUUUUGAAACUCUUCUGUGAAGUGGAUCAAACCCUGAUCUGUCUGGUAUGCAGAGAGUCCCACAGCCACAAGGACCACUCCCUGCUUCCUGUCAAGGAAGCUGCUCUGGAUUACAAGGAACAAAUUCAGAGACAUUUGGAGAGUUUGAAAAAAGAGAGAGACGAGAUUCUGUCGUAUAAAUCGAGUGGGGAAAAUACAAGCCAGGAACUACUGAAACAGCUAAAAACUGAGAGGCAAAAGAUUGUGUUAGAAUUUCAGGAACUGCACCAGUUUUUGGAGGAACAAGAGCGACUCCUGCUGGCCCAUCUGGAAGAGCUGAAUAAGGAAAUUGAAAAAAGGAGGGCUGAAUAUGUUGCCAAACUAUCUGAGGAACUAUCCUCUUUCAGUUCCCUGAUCAGUGAGAUGGAGCAGAAGUGCCAGCUGCCAGCAAGUGAAUUCCUGCAGGACAUCAAAGGCACCUUGAGCAGAUGCGAGAGGGAGACGUUUCAGAACCCAGUGGCCUUUUCUUCUGAACUGAAAUGGAGAAUCUGGGAAUCUUCUCAAAGAAAUGCAUCGCUGGAGACAAUAGUGAAGAAUUUCAAAGACUCACUCUCGUCCAGACAGCGGUUGGACAAAGCGAACGUGACCCUGGAUCCAGACACGGCCCAUCCCGAGCUCAUCCUGUCUGCGGAUCGGAGAAGUGUGAGAUGGGAACUCAGACGGCAGGACCUGCCCGACAACCCUGAGAGAUUUGACAAUUGGACCUGUGUGUUGGGCUGUGAGGGAUUCACCUCGGGCCGACACUACUGGGAGGUGGAGGUGGAGGUGGAGGAGGAGUGGGGAGUCUGUGCUGUGGGGGUGGCCAGAGCGUCUGUGAGCAGGAAGGGAGGGAUCAGCUUUACCCCUGAGCGGGGGAUCUGGGUUGUGUGGUGCAUCCGCUUCCCCCCGAGCCGGGGACCCCGCAGGAUCCGGGUGUAUCUGGACUAUGAACGGGGGCAGGUGGCGUUUUUCGAUGCUGGUACCGGGGACCCGAUGGUCACUGUCCCGCCGGCCUCUUUCGCCGGGGAGAGAAUCUGCCCGUUCUUCCUCUGUGCUGUUGGGAGUGUGCGGCUCCUCUAGCCCCCACCCUCCUUAUCUCUAUGGCCUGGAGGACUCAGCCAGUCUGCCCCCCCGCCCCCCUCCCCUUGGCUGAAGGGGGGUGACGCUCUACCCAUAGCUCUGUGGCUGUGGAGGUCUGUGUAUGGUGCUCUAGGAUCAGUGUCUAUGCUCCUGGGAGGCCAACUCUGGCAGGGGGGGGGGUCCCACCAAGGAAGGAGGGAUCCCCCUGUGGGAGGGACCCAGCCCAGCGCCAGGGAGAGACCCUCAACUGGGGGAGGGGAGAGCAGGGGGGGAGCCUGGCUGGAGAGGGGGCUGGAGGGGACAGCCCAGAGGGCAAACCAGGCGCCAGGCGGGAGAGGUUCCCAGGAGACCAGGGGCAGGUGUCGCAGGGGAAGCAGAGCUGGGCAGGGAGGACCCAGCUGCACAGACAACGUCCUGCCCCUUGGCUUGGGGCGCACAGAGGCUGGGGACCCGUCGGGCCCCCCAGGGUUCCCCCAAUCACAGCCCAGGACUGGAGUCCUCUGCUCCCCUUCAGCGGCUCUUCCAGCUGCGUUAGCAGGACACUGGGUGGGGGGUUCGGACUGAUGAGCUCCUAAGCGCCCGGGGGGCCAGCGUUUGAGUCUCGCCAACUGUUGAGAAUAGGCCACUUCCACCGUAAUUGAAUUGGCUCGUUAGCACUGAGCCCCCACUCGGUCCGGCACCUCCCCUCUGUUCACGUGCCGUGUGUUUAUACCUCCCCCCCUGUAUGUUCCACUCCCUGCAGCCGAUGAAGGGGGUUUUAGCCCACGAAAGCUUCUGCCCAAUAAACGUGUUGGUCUCUAAGUUGCCACAAGGACUCCGCGCUGUUUUUCCUGGGACACACUAACACGGCGACUGCUCUGAAAUCCUCUGAGAUCUGUGGUUCCUGACACAAGGGAGGAUCCGACACUGA